AUGGGACCAAUUUCUCUGCCAGCACUGGGAGGGUUUCGAUACGUCAACAAGUUGGUCGAUGAAAAGACCAAGUGGAAGGAAACCUUUCUCAUGAAGACCAAGCGGGAUGCUAUCAAAGCACUUCAGCUGUUCAACCAGUCUCUGGUUGUCCCCACUAGAUUCAGGCUAGACUGCCUCAGGGGAGACAAAGGAACAGAAUGCACCUGCCGUGAAUUUCGGGAGUACUGCCUUCAAAUCGGAGCAAAGCUGGAGUACGCUUCAACAAACACACCACAACAAAUGGGAGCAAACGAGCGUGCGGGGCGGACCCUUGCAGCCAUGGUACGCUGCAUACUCACGGAUUCGGGAUUACCGCAAUUCCUGUGGGGACAGCUGAUGCAGACAGCGGCGUAUCUGAGCAACAGAGUGCCACAUGCAGCGCUGGGAAACAUCACGCCGUACAAGGCCUUGUACGGCAAGGACGCCAACCUUGGACACCUUCGAGCAAUUGGAGCCAGAGCUUUCGUGCACGUCGAAACGCAUACACGCAACCUUGACUCAAAGGUCUGGGAAAGCAGGAUCGUCAAUUUCAUCGAGACGCCGUAUGCUCGUCAAGACCUAACGCCGAGCAACAUGGCCGGAAACGACGAGGUCGGGCUGCGCUCGAGCACACGAGUGCCUGAUCAUGCGGGGAUGAGAUCUACAGCCAAGGUCGAUAAACCAUCCCUCACCAAUCAAAGUGGUCGAGACACUGCCGUAAAGCCCAAGACCAUCAGAGAGCUGAGGCGCCUCGCCCUCUACACGGACACCCCAUUAGCCGACGUCGGACAUCGCGAGGAAAGAUUCGACUUCCUGGAAUACGCCUUCGUCGCCAAUAACACCCAAAUCCAUGGUCGUUCGGAGGGGGAGAAGGUCAAGACCAUACCAAACACCUGCAAGAAGGCCAUGGAGUUGCCGGAAACGAAGCUCUGGAAGGCUGCGACUGACAAAGAAAUAAAAAGCCUGCAAGACCUCAAAGUGUAUAAACUCGUGCCACGCACCGACGUUCCCCUGGGACAUAACGUGAUUGGCUCGAAGUGGGUCUUUAAGGUCAAGCCAGAAAACACGCAUAAGGCGCGCUUGGUUGCUAAAGGAUGGAACCAAGUGCCAGGACGGGACUGCGGAGGGACGUUUGCUCCUGUCUGCCGACUUCAGAGCAUCCGCAUGGUAUUCGCCAUAGCAGCAGAGAAGGACUUGGAUGUCAUUCAGCUGGACGUCAAAACCGCCUUCCUCUACGCGGAUAUUGAGGAAAAUGUAUUCGUCGAAAUGGCACCAGGCUACGAAGCCAAGAACAUGGAGGAACUCCAGCUCGUGAUGAAGCUGGAAAAGAGCCUCGAUGGGCUGGCUCAAAGCCCCCAGGACUGGUUGAAGACCAUCGACUCGAGCCUAGUGGAAAUCGGAUUCUUUCCGCUCAAGUCCGACACCUGCGUCUACAUUUACGACCACAACAACACGGUCGUCGUUCUCACUCUCUACGUGGACGAUCUCCUCAUCAUCAGAGGGGGAGCUCACCAUCAGCCAGGAAACUACACCACCUCUAUUCUGGACAGAUUUGGCAUGGGAAGCUGCAAGCCUCUCAGCACCGCCGGAUUCGGUCCAGAGCUGUCGGUGAAGCAGCCAGAGGAGACUCUACUCAACGCCGAGGGCAAGCAGCGAUAUCAGGCCAUCAUUGGUUCCGUCAUGUACUUGGCUCAAGUCACCCGCUACGACAUCAUGUACUGCGCCAGUCAGUUUGCACGGGCGAUGUCAAACCCUUCCAAGAUCCACAUGGGAGCAGCGAAACAUCUUCUUCGCUACCUCUCCGGGUCCAGGGACUUCAGCAUCACGUAUAAGAGAGGAGGAUUUGACCUCACGGCAUCCUCCAACGCCAACGGGGGCCACAACACGGACAACGGAAAGUCCAUGUCAUCGUACAUCAUGAUGAUGUCCACGGCACCAGCGAGCUUGAAGUCCGGACUUCAAAGCCUGACUGCCAUGUCUACUGUGGAGGCCGAGCUGGUGGCUUCAGCACUCGCGAUGAAGGAAGUGAUAUUCUGCACCAACAUGAUGAAGGAACUGGGAUUCGGAUCUGAGUUCAGCAGCGCGCCAUUAUUCAUCGACAGCACCGCUACACUCAACGUUAUCGGCAACCAGACUUUCAGCGGGCACACAAAGCAUAUGGCAUUACGCUUCUUCUACAUCCGCAAGAUCGUGAAGGAGGGAAGAAUAUCCAUCCACUACAUCCCGACCGAGGAUAACCUCGCCGAUAUCGGGACGGAGUACCUCAACAAACAACGUCACCAGUAUCUCAUCGACAAGAUCAAGAACUUCGGGAAGUGA